AUGAAAGAUCCUGGACCACUGAUUGGAGGAAAAGCUGGCAUAAGUCCCGCUAUAACAGGUGCUAAUGGAAUGCAGUUGGAAAUGGAAGAUCUUGGACCACUGAUUGGAGGAGAAGCUGGCAUAAGUCCCGCUAUAACAGGUGCUAAUAGAAUGCAGCUGGAAAUCGAAGACCCUGGACCACUUAUUGGAGGAGAAGCUGGCAUAAGUCCAAUGAUCACGGGAAAUGUCGGUAUAAGACCAGCAAUGAGAGGUGCGGAUCCAGUGGUCGGGGGAAAUGCUGGUAUGAGACCACGCUAA